UUCGCGCCGCCCCCUGACCCGCCGCCCUGGCCAUUGUUUUCUGUUCGCCCGGGUCGCGGGUGGGAGGCGAGGAACGCGGGGCCCUGGUGCCUGGCUGCCCUCCAGGCCUUUGACCCUGGGGACACCCGGGCGGCCGCGCCUCCGGGGCGGGACGAGAGGACCGGCGGCCGUGGCCAUGGGCUCGCGCGGCUCCCGCGCCGCGGUCAUCCCCGACGUGGACAGCAUCCGGCGGGAGACGGGCUUCUCGCAGGCCUGUCUGCUCCGCCUGUACCACCGGUUCCGGGCACUGGACAGGAACAAGAAGGGCUACCUGAGCCGCAUGGAUCUCCAGCAGAUUGGGGCGCUGGCCGUGAACCCCCUGGGAGACCGCAUUAUAGACAGCUUCUUCCCGGACGGGAGUCUGCGAGUGGAUUUCUCAGGCUUUGUCAGGGUCCUGGCUCAUUUUCGACCUAUAGAAGAGGAGGACACAGGGAUGCGAGACCCCAAGCAACCUGAACCCCUCAACAGCAGAAUGAACAAACUUCGCUGGAGCCCGUCGGUGCCUCUCCCUGCUCUUCCCUCCGGCCGGGCCGCGGGAUUGGACAACGCCCAGCUCCCCUUCCCAUCCGCCACGCCCUUCCCAGCAGGACCUGGACUGCGUGCACAGACGCGGUCGCCUCCUCCGGGCCACACUGAGCCUCGACCCGGCCUGGGGGCGCGGGCCCGGAGGACUGGUCGGUGCGCGUCUGGGCGGCGACCGGAGAUCGCGGCCCGGGAGCGCGGGCAGGCGGGCCGGCCGGGCGGCCGGGCGGCGGUCUCUCCGGCCUCUCCCGCGCCGCCCAGGCUCUCCGGGUGA